AUGGCAGUCAGACACCGUACCAAGGGCAACGAGGCAGAUUCUGGUGAUGACAAUGGUCAAUCGCCAGAGAUCAUUAAUGGAAACGUGACCUCGGUUGAUGAUAGCAAUGGCCGAAGUACAGGAAUUAAACAUUCGGAAAGUACGGGCGAUGCUGAAUCUGCAAACAACUUAGUCGAAAUUGAGAAAAGUGGUGAUUCCCAUCGUCAUCAUCAUAAACGUCAACACUCACAUCAUCAUGUUCAUCAUGAUAAAAAGCGGUCUACCAAGCAAUGGGCACUUACCCAUUCAAAACGGUUUAUGUUCGUGUUGGGCACACUGCUAGGUGUUUGCAUUGCUGGAUAUAUGGCCCAAUCGCAGGAGUUGGUAUCCAUGGAUUUGUUAACUGACCUUUCGAUUGACCAGUGGAUUUCAGAUUUCAAAGAUAUGCUUCCUGCCAAUGUUUUGAAAGAAGCGUCACACAUUGGUAAAGACAAUCAUGCAGCAUUGUCCGAAUCUUUUGCGGUUGGAACUCAAUUGAAAAAAGAAGGAUUAUCUAAUAAGCAUCCGGUCGUACUGAUUCCUGGUGUUAUUUCCACCGGUCUCGAGUCUUGGGGGUUAGAAGGUACUGACGAAUGUCCGAGUCAACCUAACUUUAGAAAGCGACUUUGGGGCAGCUGGCAUAUGUUAAGAUCGAUGUUACUCGACACGAAUUGUUGGCUCAAGCAUGUUAUGCUGGAUCCGGAAACUGGUUUAGAUCCCCCAAAUUUCAAGUUACGAGCAGCUCAAGGCAUGGAAGCAGCAGACUUCUUUGUUGCUGGAUACUGGAUUUGGAACAAAAUUCUCGAGAAUCUCGCUGCUCUUGGAUAUGAUGUAAAUACUAUGACAGUAGCAUCUUACGACUGGAGAUUGGCAUAUUCUGACUUGGAACGUAGAGACCGGUACUUCUCAAAGUUAAAAUCUACCAUUGAAGAUAGUUUAGCGAUUUCAGGUGAAAAAACCGUUAUCGCAGGUCAUUCAAUGGGAUCACAAAUCAUAUUCUACUUCCUCAAGUGGGUGGAAGCUGAAGGAUACGGCAAUGGAGGUCCAACCUGGGUUAAUGAUCACAUCAAAGCAUAUGUGGAUAUAUCUGGUUCAGUGUUGGGUACUCCCAAGGCAGUAGUGGCAUUAUUGAGUGGGGAAAUGAAAGAUACCGUUCAAUUGAAUGCCCUGGCUGUAUAUGGUUUGGAAAAGUUCUUUUGCCGUCGUGAGCGAGCUGAUUUAUUGCGAACUUUCGGUGGAAUUGCUAGUAUGCUGCCAAAGGGUGGCGAUGAUAUUUGGGGAACUCUCGAAUUUGCGCCAGAUGACGCUGCGUCUCUUCAAGGUCUUGACGAAAGUGUUUUGUCAAGCGAAAACAAUCCCGAGGAUGCUGUUUCGUAUGGUAAUUUCAUCCGAUUUAAAAACCCAAUGUCUGAACUGUCAUCACGCAAUCUAACUAUCAGUGACUCAAUAGAAUAUCUGUACUCGCAAACACCGGACUGGUUUUCAAAGCGAACUAAGAAGAACUAUUCUCAUGGCGUCGCCAAAACUCGUGCAGAAGUCGAGGAAAACGAAAAGGAUCCUUCUAAAUGGAUUAAUCCUUUGGAAGUUGCCCUACCUAAUGCUCCAGAUAUGCGUAUUUACUGCUUUUAUGGUAUUGGAAUCCCAACUGAACGAUCCUAUUAUUACCAAGAGGAGGUCGACAAGUCGUUGACUAACCUCAAUAUAUCGAUUGUUGGUAAUGAUAAAAGAGCCGUAGUCAUGGGUCAAGGAGAUGGUACGGUCUCACUUAUAACUCACUCUAUGUGUCACAGAUGGAAGGAAGAAAACUCCAAAUUCAACCCUGGUGGCAGUCAAGUCAAGGUGGUCGAAAUGCUUCACCAGCCUGAUAAAUUCGAUAUUCGGGGAGGUGCCAAAACUGCUGAACAUGUAGACAUUCUCGGUCGUACUGAGUUAAAUGAUCUAGUCCUACGUGUCGCUGCUGGCGAUGGCGACUCUAUUGAGGAGCAUAUAGAAAGCAACAUAAACGACUGGGUCUGGAAUAUCGACCUCGGUACAAACUAA